UGCUCAGCCUUUCAACCGCCAAGACGCGUUUCUGGGACGCGCGAGCUUUUACGUGGGGCAACAUUGCAUUGGGAUAGUGUGGUGACUGGUUGUAUAUAACCAGUUGCAUCAUAGAUCCAAGACUUCAGUCGCAGGAGAGUGUAGCGCGAGGGCACAUCGUGAGGAUUUGGGGUGUCCUGUGGGGAAGCCGAUGGAUUAUUUCUGGAUUAUAGACAAGUGACAAAGGAAGUGCUGUGUCAAGUGAUAACAACUUUCGAAAAGAUAUAUAAAUAUUUCGAAGAAAGAAAAUCAGUGCAAUUUCAGACAUUUUGCGAGGAGGCCCAAGAGAUAAGGAACUGUGUGUGUGCAAUUGAGUGACUUGUGCAAUAGAGAGUGAGCGAGGAGGCAAAAGGACAUUUAAUUCGGGGUCCAACUGACCCGUAAUAUGACGUUGUGCCUUCGAUAUGGAAUCGCCACAGAUGUAUGAUAGUUCUCAGCCCAUUCAGAUUGAAGUGAAGAAGAUCACAAUGGCGAGCAACGCGACGGUGACCAACAACAACACAUCCAACAUCAACCACAACAUGGUGAAGCAGCAGCAGCAACAGCAGCUGCAGCAGCAGCAGACUAACGGCAGCAUCCUGCAGAAGCACAUGCUGCAGCAGUACUCACAGAGUGACCUGGAGGAGCUGACAUCGCAGGAGAUCAGCCUUGAUCUGCAACACCUGAUCGAUGAUCAGUUCCGCGAUCAGGAGAGCAUGGGCAUCUUCACGGAGAUGGUUAGCCCGACAAAUGGCACGCCCAACGGCGUCAAUGCGGCCGCCAAGGCGCUGCAGAUCCAGCAGGGGCGGCUGCAGGCGCCCCAAGGCUACCCGCGCACCACGCUGGCCUACAUGCCCCAGCCCGUGCACUCGGGGGCGACCUACACCAACAACUCGAGCGACGAGAACAGCAGCGUGGGCAGCGACGCCACCACGAGUAUCAAGGAGGAGCCCGUGGAUCCGGCUGAGUACCGACGCCAGCUGGCCAACGGGCAGUUCAUGCCCGCCGCCCCGGUGCAGAAUGGCGCCAAUGGCGCCGCCGUGUACCCCAACCUGCCGCCCAACUACGCGAGCAACGGCUCAGGGAACACCUUCACCACCCUCACGCCCUCCACGGUGCUGCACCACCAGGCGCUGCCACAUCUGCCCUCGGCCGCGCACCUGGCCAAUCUCAAGCACAAGCAGAUGAUGAGCCACCGGAAGCAGAGCAACAAGCAUGUGGACAAGGGCACGGAUGAGUACCGGCGACGGCGGGAGAGGAACAAUAUCGCGGUGAGGAAGAGCCGGGAGAAGGCCAAGGUGCGCUCGCGCGAGGUGGAGGAGAAAGUGAAGACGCUGAUCAAGGAGAAGGAGGUGCUCAUCCGCCGCCUGGAGGAGAUGACCAACGAGAUCCAGCUGCACAAGCAGCUCUACAUGCACCUCAUCAACCACAGCAACCCAGAGAUCAACCAGAUCUGCCGGAGCGUGCUCAGCGUGGUGAACAUGAGUGAUCACGGGAUGUGAGCCAAAGAGACGGCGCUCGGUGAGACACACAGACUUCUUCAUCCCCAUCCGCAACACUGUCCUCAAUCCCGCGGGGGCGAAUCCACCCCGCUCGCAUCCCAACUAAGUGAUUAAGGCUCAAUACAGCGACUUUGUACAAACUAAUGAUGAGGAUAACGCAAGAAUCACCCCCAAUACAAACUCUUAUGUUUAUUUAUAGUAAGACUUGAAGCAAUACUACUUUUCUUUUGAUAUAAACUUCUCUAACCUUAGAUGGUCAGUCCGCUGGGAGGCACCUUCGUGGCCUCUCCAGAAGUGCGCGCGCGCCCCUAACUUACCCCCCACAUCGAGAUAAUCCCUCACCUAUUUAUUCCCCUCCUCUGUUUUAUUUUUUGUUCUUCACGCAAUAAUGACAAAAUGUACCAAAUAGAAGUGCUUCACGGCGUUGGAGGUUUAAGGCCCGCAACCUGUGACCAUGUUAAGGGAGAAAAAUACUUAACCUUAGAUUGAAUUGUGCAACGAAAGCGAGAAAAGCCCACACAGAAUUUAUAUAAUCCAACUUUGUAUCUGUAUAUAGUGAAAUUUAUACUGUAAAUACAACAAAAAAACACUUAAAUCUAUUACUAAACUAAGACUAAAUUAUAUCAAAACUCCUAUUUUUUGUGUGGCUGAAAGGCUCUCAGAGGAGGUCAUGAAGAAAAACUGCCCUAAAAUCUACUAUAUUGCAACUCUAAACUCUACUAUUUUGUUACCCUUAAGUAAGGUAUGAAAAAAGAAUGAGAGAAUGUGAUGAUGCUAAACCUGUCUAAUUUAGAGCCCUUUUCUGUACAUUUUACAUCCUCUUUGAAAAUCUGCACAGGAAAAAUAUUUGUGAAGAUGAAAAUCAGGGGAAAAUGUCAGUGAUACGAUGCAUUAAUAAUUUAAAACUCUAAAGUUAAUUAACAUUCUUCCCCUGGGCACUAAAGUUACCAACGCAACACGGGUACAAACCGAGGUUUUCACACCCUUCAUCACAGAGUGCUACAAGUGCUUGAAAAGCUGCAAUACAACACAAGAAAACAAAAAACCAGAAAGAACUAAGACAAUAUCUAAGGUUUAUCGAGUAAUAUAGCAAAUGUUUCUUUUCUUUUUAAUUAUAAACAAAUCGGUUGCAUUUAUCGAAGAGGUGUUUUGCUGCUGUAAAUGAGAAAAAAAAACGUGUUAAUAUAGUAUAUUAAUUUUUGUAAUUUAUUUCCUUUAAAAACAAAAAAAAAACAAACCGUUCCUCAAAUCCUCCCUCCUUCUGGGCUGCAAUAUUUCCACGAUCAUUGUGGAGAAAUCCAAUUUUAUUUAAGUAAUGAGGAGACCUGCUAAAAUUAGGAGUUGGCGAAUGAUAUUUUCACGACGGUUAAGUUACCAUUAGGAAUUUUCUUCACUACUGCGAGAAAAUCUUGAUUUAUAUAAAGUUAUGACUUUUUUUUCUUUUAUAAGAUGCGAAGCGCGAGAAUGUUCUGUUAUUUUUUAAGGAAUGCGAAGCAUUGUAUGAAGUGUACAUUUUAAGAGAGAAAACUGAUUUGCAAAAAUAAAGUGAGAGAAAAAAAUGACAAGUGACUUUGAGGAAAAAACUUUCCCACUUCCCUUUUCAGUCCCACUUUUCCCGCACACAAGCGCACAC